UACCAUAUGAUACCAAUACCCCAAUGCCAUGGCUGAAAGCCACGCAUGCAUUGCAUAUAUUCAUUCAUUCAUUCACAGUUCUUCUCUCUUUCUUCUCUUUGGACCUGCUCUUCUUCCUUCCCCAUUUUCUCGCUCUCAUCAUCAUCAUCAUCAUCAUCACCAUCAUCAUCAUCACAUCUCUGUUUUGAUUCGUUUUGCAUCUGGGUAUGUUAUUUCAUCUUCAAUGUUUGUAGCUUUUUGAUUUUUCUCACAUAUGAGUGAUAUGACAUACCCUUUUGAUUUUUUGGCUUCUUCUAUGUCCCCGUUGUUUAUACUUGCUCAUUCUUCCUCAUUUUCCCUUCUGGGUCGGAUUCAUUGAUUCAGGGGAAGAUCAAAAUCUUUGCUUUUUAUUGGUCUGGUGAAAAUGAUGUUUCAAUUUGUUAUUGUACAGAGGAAAUGAAACUCUAAUCUUGUUAGAGAGUGAGAGAGGGAGAAAGUCUAGCAAGGUUAGAUCUGAUUGUAAGGCUUAGAGAGUUGUUGUUCUUUUCUGUGAAACUUUGAUAGGAAAAGAUUCCAUUUUCUGGGGAUAGCAAUUGGAAUUCGUGUGAAGAAUGGAGUUUUGAUUUUGCAUGUGUAAGUUGAUGUUUUGUUCAGCUCAGCUGUGUGUUUUUCCUUGUGAUCCUUCCUUGGUGCUGAUAUGGUAAAAUCUAUUGCAUGGAGCUCUUUUUUCAUGUUCUUGGGUGUACCUGUGUGUUAUACCAUGUGACGCUAGUUCUGGAAAUUGUUUUUAUUGGUGGUUAGGAUGGUGUAGGUUACGAGUGAAGAAUCAGCAAUCUGGGGAGACUUUUCAUGUCAUUGCUAAUAUUCCACGCAUGUUUCUCAAAUUCUCAUGUUUUAGCUCUUCCUUGUCACAACUCAGCAUGUUCACGAAUAUCACAACUAGUCCCUUUGUUAACCCCCUCCACGCAUGUUUCUCAAUUUCACAUGUAUUAGCUCUUUCUUGUCACAAUUUAGCAUGCUCACGAAUAUCUCACUAGUCCCUUUGUUAACCCCCCUAAGUAAAAUAAAUAUAAUUGUAGCAUCUUCCUGUAAUUGCCAAUAUUCCAAGUUUGUUUCUCAAAUUCACAUGUAUUAGCCCUUUAUUGUCUCAUUUCAGCAUGUGCAUGAAUAUCACACUACUCCCUCUGUUGAUCCCCUAUACUAAACUAAAUAUAGUUGUAUAUAACUCAUUCUGUUCUGUGCCAAUUGAUAUCUGUUUUUGACCUGGGGUAGAGUUCAUUACUAGUUUAGCUCAAAGGCAAUCCUCUUCCUUUUACACUGUGUUUUGUAUGAUGAAAUAGUAUCUGAUAGUUUCUGUUACUGCAACCAGUUUGUGAUGAAGACUAUAUAAGACAAAAUUAGUCAAAUCAUGGAAGUGGCGGAUGAGAAAAACAAGUUUCUUGCUUGAUGGGAAAAGCAAGUUUUAAGAUCAAACGGCUGCCUUUUAUGGUAGUUGCGUGUACAGUAUUGUUGUUCGUUGUGUACAGGACUAUAAAGUAUCAAUACUACCAAGAAGAGAUAGACAAACAGUGGAAUAUCAGAGAAGAAUCAGAGGCAUAUCCUGCAACUUCUGGAAAGUUGAGAGGCUUGCCACAAGGUAUAAGACAUGCUACUUCAGAUUUUGAGUUAAGGCCUUUAUGGUCACAAAGUAAUUUAAGAUCAAAGGUUGUAGAUUACUCUAAUCGUCACUUGCUGGCAGUUCCAGUUGGUAUCAAACAGAAGCAUAAUGUAGAUGUUAUGGUGCAAAAGUUUCUUACAGCAAAUUUUACAAUUAUUUUAUUCCAUUAUGACGGCAAUGUGGAUGGAUGGUGGGAUCUUAGUUGGACUAGCACGGCCAUACACAUAGCUGCUCAAAACCAAACAAAGUGGUGGUUUGCCAAAAGAUUUCUACAUCCGGAUAUAGUUUCUAUUUAUGAUUACGUCUUUCUUUGGGAUGAGGAUUUAGGGGUGGAGUAUUUCUCUCCGUCAAGAUACAUUGAAAUCGUAAAGGAAGAAGGGUUGGAGAUAUCUCAACCAGCUCUUGAUCCAGAUUCAACUGAGAUACAUCAUAGAAUUACAGUUAGAGCUAGGACCAAGAAAGUUCACAGAAGAGUCUAUGAACUCAGAGGUAGUACUAAGUGUUCAGAUGCAAGUUAUGGCCCACCGUGCACAGGGUUUGUGGAAGGUAUGGCUCCUGUGUUCUCGCGAUCUGCCUGGUAUUGUACUUGGCAUCUUAUACAGAAUGACCUUGUCCAUGGAUGGGGAGUGGAUAUAAAACUAGGAUAUUGUGCUCAGGGCGACCGCACCCAAAAUGUUGGAAUUGUUGAUAGUGAAUAUGUUGUUCACAAUGCAAUACAAACUCUGGGUGGUAGCAGUCAUGACCAUAAAGCUAAAAAACAUAGAGCAUCAGCCCUUGACGCGCGAACCGAGAUACGAAGGCAGUCGUCAUGGGAACUUCAGAUCUUCAAAGAGCGCUGGAAUAAAGCCGUUGCCGAGGACAGAAACUGGGUUGAUCCGUUUAAAAGAGAUCAAAGACGUUUAUUGCAAAGGCGCAACCGCCAACGGUUUUCUUAGCAGUUCUUUUAGCCAACCUGGCUUGAUAUGUUAGCCCAGCUUCAUCCACAGGCUUUAUAGUUUACUAUUUUAGUAUUAGUUACAGUACAGGCAUAAGUUAGUUUUUUUGUAGCUGAUUGAAUAUUUAUUCGAUUUCGAAAGAUCACAUAUAUAUUCUUUUGUUCUUUUUCCUUGGUCCAGAUUUUCUUCCCCUUUUAUCCUUCUAUACCAGUUAGUUUUUUUGUAGCUUCA